AUGCCCCUCUUUAACACAUCUUGUUUCCAUCAUAGGAGACCUUCACUGAUUAAAACCAUGAAGGAGUCUUAUUUGCCAGAACUAAAUGAAAUGUACCUAAAAAUUGCUGGCAAGUUGCAGCAGGAUAAGCUGGGUUCCUAUGAGAAGCAAAUAAUUAAUUUUCUCAACUCAAAUAGACCAAGGAAGCCUGGUGCUUCGCUGCAGCAAGGGCAACAACUUCCCCAAUCUCAUUUGCAUCCCAUGCAGCAAUCACAGCAGCCUCAGUCCCAAAUUACUUCAGUGCAACCCCAUGAAAAUCAAAUGAACCCUCAGCUGCAAUCAAUGAACUUACAGGGUUCUGUAGCAACAAUGCCGCAGAACAAUGUUGCUGGUCUGCAGCAUAAUUCAUUGUCUUCUUUAUCAGGGGUUCCAAAUGCGUCACAGAGCAUGAUCAAUUCAAUACAGCCUACUUCCAAUAUGGAUUCAGGCCAGGGAAAUGCACAAAAUGCAUUACAGCAAGCUGCUGUGGGAUCUCUACAACAAAAUCCUGUUAGUGCCCCCCAACAGAUGAGACAGCAGAUGGCUGUAAAAUCAGGAGGUUUUCCGCAACAUCAUUCAGUGGGUCAGCGUGCAGCAUAUCAUGGCCAGCAGUUGAAGUCUGGAGCACAAUUCCCUAUCUCUUCACCUCAACUCCUCCAGGCAGCAUCUCCCCAAAUGCCUCAGCAUCCUUCUCCACAAAUUGACCAGCAAAAUCUGCUUACAUCUCUUACAAAAGCUGGAACACCGUUGCAACCAGCAAGUUCACCUUUUGUUGUACCAUCUCCUGCAACUCCUCUGACCGCUCCAUCUCCAAUACCGGGGGAGUCGGAGAAAGUUAAUUCUGCCUCACCCUUGCUUGCAGAAUUCACUGGUACUGAUGGAAAUCAUGCUAAUGUCUCAACAGGUGUUUCUGGCAAGUCUAGUGUUACAGAGCAGCCUCUUGAACGCUUAAUUAAAGCGGUACAGUCAAUGUCACCCAAAGCACUGUCUGCCUCAGUUGGUGACAUUGGCUCUGUUGUUAGUAUGAUUGAUAGGAUAGCAGGAUCUGCACCAGAUGGGAACAGUGGGACCAGGAAGAUGAGGCGCUACACAAAUGCAAUGCCCUUAAACGUUGUAUCAUCUGGUGGCAGUGCAAAUGACAGUUUCAGGCAUUUGACUGGUUCAGAGACAUCUGACUUAGAGUCAACUGCUACAUCCAAAAUCAAGAGGCCUAGACUGGAGGCUAACCAUGCACUUCUGGAAGAAAUAAGGGAGAUAAAUCUGCGACUUAUUGAUACAGUAGUAGAUAUAAGUAAUGAAGAUGUUGAUCCAACUGCUGUAGUAGCUGCUGCUGCAGCGAGGGCGGCGAAGGAACUAUUGUCAAGUGCUCUUUUGGUGCUGUUGCUCUCAUCACCAAUUCAGCCCUUACGGUUGCUUGUUCCUGCGAAUUAUCCACAUUGCUCUCCGAUACUGUUGGAUAAGUUUCCAAUUGAAGUUAGCAAGGAGCAUGAGGAUUUAUCAGUGAAGGCGAAAUCAAAGUUCAGCACCUCUCUCCGUAACCUAUCACAACCCAUGAAACUCGAGGAUAUAGCAAGGACUUGGGAUGUCUGUGCCCGUGCUGUGAUUUCUGAAUAUGCACAACAGAGUGGUGGAGGAAGCUUUAGCUCAAAAUAUGGAACGUGGGAAAACUGCUUAAGCGCUGCUUGA